AUGGCAGAAUCCACGUCAUCACCCGUUUUUGACGCCCAGAAAGUCACCGUCAUUUAUGUCCUGGGUGGGCCUGGAGCUGGGAAAGGCACGCAAUGCAUCAAGCUCGUUGACGCAUUUGGCUUUUGCCAUCUAUCUGCUGGAGACCUUCUACGUGAAGAACAAAACCGAGAAGGGUCUCAAUAUGGUGAAAUGAUCCGAACAUAUAUUCGAGAGGGUAAUAUCGUUCCAUCUCAUGUCACCAUGAAGCUCCUUGAGAAUGCUAUGGCCGGAGAGAUGAAGAAAAAGACGGGAGAUGGGUGGGUGGAUGGCAAGGGUCGAUUCUUGAUCGAUGGUUUCCCUCGGAAGUUGGAUCAGGCUAUUGGAUUCGAUGAAACGGUAUGUCUCGCUUCAUUGGUCAUCUUCUUCAACACAUCGGAAGAUGUAAUGCUUCAACGCCUGCUGGAGCGCGCAAAAACCAGCGGACGUGAAGACGACAAUGUCGAAACUAUUAGAAAGCGUUUUCGCACGUACAACGAGCAAACCAUGCCCGUGAUAGAGCAUUACAGGGCACUGAACAAGGUUGCAGAGAUCGAUAGCACGGCAGCAGUCGAGGAAGUCUAUCGUGCGGCGUGUGCUACCGUUACCAACCUGUUUCCUUGA